AUGUCGAAGGGCCUGGUGAGGAUAAGACUAGCCAGAUUUGGUCGCAGACACUCCCCUUUAUAUAACAUAGUGGUUGCAAACGCAUCCAAGGCUAGGGACAAGACACCUAUUGAGGUUUUGGGAACUUACAACCCAAUACCAAAGCCACUAUCGAAAAGAGAAACCAAAAGCGGGGCAAUACCAACAAAGGAUGUACAAUUGGACUUCGCCAGGACCAAGUACUGGGUUGGGGUUGGCGCUCAGCCUAGCGAAACUGUCACGAAGCUGUUAAAAAAAUGCAACAUUUUGGGUUCAGAUUGGGGGAAAACUUACACGACAAGCCGUACCGUUGUCCUGCCCAAACGUGAAGUCUUGGAAUAA